ACAAAGUACAUCGUCUUCAAGAACAAGUGGAAGACUUGACAAAAUGCAAUGAAACUGCGUUGCGUCAAGACAAUUCCAUGCCAACUGCGUGUCCAGAGAAACUUGUAGAGCUUAUCAAACGAGACUACAAAGGUGCUGUUCUUUGUCCGUUUCCAUGGUGCGAGGAUGAGCUUCAACUGGAACUGUCGAACAUCUUCACAAGAUUAGUGAUAAUCAGUAAGAAAAAAGAACGCGCGAGGCAAACGGACAACAUCGUAAAUAUGACGGAUGUCUUCGCACCACAUAAAGAAUGUGACAAACCGAGAGUGGUGCUGAUUGAAGGGCAGCCUGGAAUGGGUAAAACCACUUACUGUCAGAAGCUUGCAUAUGAUUGGUCCGUGGCGGGAAUUCCACCUGCAGCUUCGUUUCCCAAAGUGGAGAUUCUUCUCCUUCUGAAGUGCCGCGACAUGAAGACUGCUAACAUCGAGGAAGCUAUCAAUGAUCAGCUGCUACCACAUGAUGCAGACAAGAAGGAGAAGGAAAACUUCUUCGAGUUCAUUCGCCGUAAUCAAUCUAGAAUCUUAUUGGUUCUUGAUGGAUUGGAUGAAUUGCGUCACGAUCUGUCGCAGGGUAUCCUACCCUUGAUUAAAGGCAAAGUUUUAUCCAAUACUUAUUUAAUGUUGACAGCUCGACACGAGGCAGGAACGGUGGUACGGCGAUACUGUGACUCACUUUUUGACAUUGUUGGCUACACCAAUCAAGAUGCUGAAAGCUACAUCGAGAAGUAUUUCAGCAAUCACGAGAAUCCGAGCCUUGCAAAGAAAAUGAUCAAGAAAUUGAACAGGAGUCCACAGCUGAGGGAAUUGACUGCUAAUCCACUUAACACAGCUCUGCUGUGCCUUGUUUGUGAAGAAUCAGAAGGAAAGUUCCCUUCAAACAGAAGCAAGUUGUAUGACGAACUUGUUUCUUGUGCUUUGAGAAGAUAUUGUGCAAAGAAGGAGGUUUCUUUGCAGAACAAUGAUGAUCCCAUCGAGGCAUUUGCAGACCAACUCAGUUUGCUGGGAAAGAUGGCCCUGGAAGCUCUACUGAAUGAUCAAGCGUAUUUCACUGGAGACGAGUUGAAAUGCCAAUCAACGGAAUUCCUAGAAUUCGGUUUUCUUUCUCGAGAGGCUAGUGUGAGUAAAAUCAGGCCAAACCCGAGUUAUUCGUUUACCCAUAAGACCUUUCAGGAAUAUUUUGCGGCGUACCACUUGGCCCAUCAACUGUUAAAAGGAGACAAAGAAAGCGACACUCUGCUAGAUCAGCUCAGUCCUGUUGACAAGUAUUGGCAGGUGUGGGGAUUUCUCAUCACAACGGUAGCAAGUAAGAGUGAUGAUAUAGCAGUUUUUCUCGUGUCCCGUCUUUGCGCCUCCUUUCAACUUGAUACGCAAAUCAAUUUACUUCCUGCAGUGAGUUGGACAGAGGGGGAAGAAAGCGAGGAAGGAGAAGAUAGCGACAAUAGCGGUGGUGACUGUGGUUUCGACGACUACUUCGAGGACGACAUAUGGAUGAGAUCCUACGAGGACGACGAGGACUUUGAGGACGAUGGUGUUGCGGACAGUGACGAGGACAGCGGUGGCGAUGGCGACAGUUUUGAGGUUGACAUUUGUAAAGAUGAUUCUUUCGACUGGCGAUUGUAUUCCGAAAUUAAGGCAACGGAAGAUACAACGGAAAAUGACUUUUUAACUGGAAUAUGUAACCUUAUUACUGAUUGUGGAGAUGGGAGAAACGAGCUGAAGGAUUACCAGAAGAAAAUGAUACGCACACUUGUACGGUGUUUUGCUGUGUUUAAAGUGUGCGUACAUAACUACGGUUCUCCCAACAUCCUCGUUCUCUGUGAAUACCUGAAAGAAAAUUUCGCACUGACGGAGUUACUUUGGUACCGUAACUUUGAUGAGUUAGCACUGGGAACAAUUAAGCAUGUCCUUCAGACAAGUCAGAGGCUGGUAGGCUUACAUCUGCGGACUGACUUAAACAGCACAUCACUUACACCAGCUCUUCAGUCGAAUCGCACGUUAACUCACCUGAAUCUGCGAUAUGCCAGGGUCCGCAUUUCAGGAGCUAAAGCACUAGGAGAAGUUCUUGAAUCAAAUCGUACUCUGACACAUAUAAAUCUACAUGCUAAUAAGAUACGCCAUAUUGGAGCAGAAGCUUUGGCAAAAGGCCUCCAGUCAAAUAAUGUGUUGAAGCAUUUGGAUCUAAGCUGUAACUGGAUCGGCGACCGAGGAGCCGUAGCUCUUGCUCACGUUUUGGAGUCCAACCAUACCUUAACCUAUUUAAAUGUGGGUAAUUAUGCAGAGAUGAUGGAAGGAAUAUCAGAUUUUUUGCGGCCCUCCUCUGAUUUUGAUGACGUUCGUUCUGACUGUAUUGGUGAAUCGGGGGCAUUAGCAAUAGCACACGCACUUCAGUCUAAUUGUUCACUGACUUACUUGGAUCUUCAGGGCAAUCAUGUCAAUGACUCAGCAGCAACAGCGCUUGGACGGGCCCUCCAAUCAAACUACACUCUUACUCAUUUUUAUCUAAGAGGUAUGCUGAUAUCAAACAAAGUUCACUUCGGCAAUUCAGGAGCGUUAGCCUUUGCAAAGGCUCUUCAAUCGAGUGGUACUCAGUUGACCCGUUUGGAUUUGCAUAAUACGUCGAUCAACUCUUCAGUCGCUAUUGCUCUCGCAGAGGGUCUGAAGUCUAAUCAUUCUCUUGAGCGUUUAGAUUUGAGUGUUCAGAUAUCCUCAGAUAGGUUUUGA